GAAGAUGAUCCAUAUGAUCUUGAAGAAGACCUUUCUUUGGCAAUGAGGGAACUACAAAGAACCAAAUAUAAUUCUGAAAUUCAGGAUCUGUAUUUUGAGAUGGUUUUAUUUUCAGAAUGAAAAGUAUAUAUGGUUACCUUUAUGAAUGUAAAGACAUGAGAAAAGAGUUAUGAUGGCAAAAAACAAAGAGCCUCGACCCCCAUCCUAUACUGUCAGUGUAGUUGGACUCUCUGGGACUGAAAAAGACAAAGGUAACUGUGGAGUUGGAAAAUCUUGUUUGUGCAAUAGAUUUGUACGUUCAAAAGCAGAUGAAUAUUAUCCAGAGCAUACUUCUGUGCUUAGCACCAUUGACUUUGGAGGCCGAGUAGUAAACAAUGAUCACUUUUUAUACUGGGGUGACAUAACACAAAAUGGUGAAGAUGGAGUAGAAUGCAAAAUUCAUGUCAUUGAACAAACAGAGUUCAUUGAUGACCAGACUUUCUUGCCUCAUCGAAGUACAAAUUUGCAACCAUAUAUAAAACGUGCAGCUGCCUCUAAAUUGCAGUCAGCAGAAAAACUAAUGUACAUUUGCACCGAUCAGCUAGGCUUGGAGCAAGACUUUGAACAGAAGCAGAUGCCUGAAGGAAAACUCAAUGUAGAUGGAUUUUUACUGUGUAUUGAUGUGAGUCAAGGAUGUAAUAGGAAGUUUGAUGAUCAACUUAAAUUUGUGAAUAACCUUUUUGUCCAGCUAUCCAAAUCCAAAAAGCCUGUGAUAAUAGCAGCAACUAAAUGUGAUGAAUGUGUGGAUCAUUACCUUAGAGAAGUUCAAGCCUUUGCUUCAAACAAAAAGAACCUUCUAGUAGUGGAAACAUCAGCUCGAUUUAAUGUCAACAUUGAGACAUGUUUCACUGCUUUGGUACAAAUGUUGGAUAAAACUCGUGGCAAGCCUAAAAUUAUUCCCUAUCUGGAUGCUUAUAAAACACAGAGACAACUUGUUGUCACAGCAACAGACAAGUUUGAGAAACUUGUACAGACUGUGAGAGAUUAUCAUGCAACUUGGAAAACUGUUAGUAAUAAAUUAAAAAAUCAUCCUGAUUAUGAAGAAUAUAUCAACUUAGAGGGAACAAGAAAGGCCAGAAAUACAUUCUCAAAGCAUAUAGAACAACUCAAACAGGAACAUAUAAGAAAAAGGAGAGAAGAAUAUAUAAGUACCUUACCAAGGGCUUUUAAUACUCUCUUGCCAGAUCUAGAAGAGAUUGAACAUUUGAAUUGGUUGGAAGCUUUGAAGUUAAUGGAAAAGAGAGCAGAUUUCCAGUUAUGUUUUGUGGUGCUAGAAAAAACACCUUGGGAUGAAACUGACCAUAUCGACAAAAUUAAUGAUAGACGGAUCCCAUUCGACCUUCUGAGCACUUUAGAAGCAGAAAAGGUCUAUCAAAACCAUGUACAGCAUCUGAUAUCAGAGAAAAGAAGAAUAGAAAUGAAGGAGAAAUUUAAGAAGACUUUAGAAAAAAUUCAGUUCAUUUCACCUGGGCAACCAUGGGAGGAAGUUAUGUGUUUUGUCAUGGAGGAUGAAGCAUUCAAAUACAUCACUGAGGCUGAUAGCAAAGAAGUAUAUGGUAGACAUCAGCGAGAGAUAGUAGAAAAAGCCAAAGAAGAGUUUCAGGAAAUGCUUUUUGAGCAUUCUGAACUUUUUUAUGAUUUAGAUCUUAAUGCAACACCAAGUUCUGAUAAAAUGAGUGAAAUUCAUACAGUUCUAAGUGAAGAACCUAGAUAUAAAGCUUUACAGAAACUUGCACCUGAUAGAGAAUCUCUUCUCCUUAAGCAUAUAGGAUUUGUUUAUCAUCCCACUAAAGAAACAUGCCUCAGUGGCCAAUAUUGUACAGACAUUAAAGUGGAACACUUACUUGCCAAUAGUCCAUUACAGUCGGAUCAUGGCCGCUUACGCUUGUAUCAUGAUAGUGCCAAUAUAGACAAAGUUAAUCUUUUCAUUUUAGGGAAAGAUGGCCUUGCCCAGGAACUAGCAAAUGAGAUAAGGACUCAAUCCACUGAUGAUGAGUAUGCCUUAGAUGGAAAAAUUUAUGAACUUGAUCUUCGGCCUGUUGAUGCCAAAUCGCCUUACAUUUUGAGUCAGCUAUGGACUGCAGCCUUUAAACCACAUGGGUGCUUCUGUGUAUUUAAUUCCAUCGAGUCACUGAAUUUUAUUGGGGAAUUUAUUGGAAAAAUAAGAACCGAAGCGUCUCAGAUCAGAAAAGAUAAAUAUAUGGCUAAUCUUCCAUUUACAUUAAUUCUUGCUAAUCAGAGGGAUUCCAUUAGUAAAAAUCUACCAAUUCUCAGGCACCAAGGUCAGCAGUUGGCCAAUAAAUUACAGUGUCCUUUUGUAGACGUACCUUCUGGUACAUAUCCUCGUAAAUUUAAUGAAUCACAAAUAAAGCAAGCCCUAAGAGGAGUAUUGGAAUCAGUUAAACACAAUUUAGAUGUGGUAAGCCCAGUUCCUAUCAAUAAGGACGUGUCAGAAGCUGACUUGAGAAUUGUCAUGUGUGCCAUGUGUGGCGAUCCAUUUAGUGUGGAUCUCAUUCUUUCCCCUUUCCUUGACUCUCAUUCUUGCAGUGCUGCUCAAGCUGGACAGAACAAUUCAUUAAUGCUUGACAAAAUUAUUGGUGAAAAAAGGAGGCGAAUACAGAUCACAAUAUUAUCAUACCACUCCUCAAUUGGAGUAAGAAAAGAUGAACUGGUUCAUGGGUAUAUAUUAGUUUAUUCUGCAAAAAGGAAAGCAUCAAUGGGAAUGCUUCGUGCAUUUCUAUCAGAAGUUCAAGAUACUAUUCCUGUACAACUGGUGGCAGUUACUGACAGUCAAGCUGAUUUUUUUGAAAAUGAGGCUAUCAAGGAGUUAAUGACUGAAGGAGAACACAUUGCAACUGAGAUAACUGCUAAAUUUACAGCAUUAUAUUCUUUAUCUCAGUAUCAUAGGCAGACUGAGGUUUUUACUUUGUUUUUCAGUGAUGUUCUAGAGAAAAAAAAUAUGAUAGAAAAUUCCUAUUUGUCUGAUAAUACAAGGGAAUCCACUCAUCACAGUGAGGAUGUUUUUCUACCGUCUCCAAGAGACUGUUUUCCCUAUAAUAACUACCCUGAUUCAGAUGAUGACACAGAAGCACCACCCCCUUAUAGUCCAAUUGGAGAUGAUGUACAGUUGCUUCCAACACCUAGUGACCGUUCCAGAUACAGGUUAGAUUUGGAAGGAAAUGAAUAUCCUGUUCAUAGCACUCCAAAUUGUCAUGAUCAUGAACGUAACCAUAAAGUGCCUCCACCUAUUAAACCUAAACCAGUUGUACCUAAAACAAAUGUGAAAAAACUGGAUCCAAACCUGUUAAAAACGAUUGAAGCUGGUAUUGGUAAGAAUCCAAGGAAACAGACUUCCCGGGGGCCCUUGCCACACUCUGAAGAUACGGAUUCUUCAGAUAACUACGCGGAACCCCUUGACACGAUUUUCAAACAGAAGGGCUAUCCUGAUGAGAUUUAUGUUGUCCCAGAUGAUACUCAGAAUCGAAUUAUUAAAAUUCGAAACUCAUUUGUAAAUAACACUCAAGGAGAUGAAGAAAAUGGGUUUUCUGAUAGAACCUCAAAAGGUCAUGGGGAACGUAGGCCUUCAAAAUACAAAUACAAAUCUAAAACUCUGUUUAGUAAAGCCAAGUCAUACUAUAGAAGAACACACUCAGAUGCAAGUGAUGAUGAGGCUUUCACUACUUCUAAAACAAAAAGAAAAGGAAGGCAUCGUGGAAGUGAAGAAGAUCCACUACUUUCUCCUGUUGAAACUUGGAAAGGUGGUAUUGAUAAUCCUGCAAUCACAUCUGACCAGGAGGUAGAUGAUAAGAAGAUAAAGAAGAAAACCCACAAAGUAAAGGAAGAUAAAAAGCAGAAAAAGAAAACUAAGACCUUCAACCCACCAACACGUAGAAAUUGGGAAAGUAAUUACUUUGGGAUGCCCCUCCAGGAUCUGGUUACAGCUGAGAAGCCUAUACCACUAUUUGUUGAAAAAUGUGUGGAAUUUAUUGAAGACACAGGAUUAUGUACCGAAGGACUAUACCGUGUUAGUGGAAAUAAAACUGAUCAAGACAACAUUCAAAAGCAGUUUGAUCAAGAUCAUAAUAUCAAUCUAGCAUCAAUGGAAGUGACAGUAAAUGCUGUAGCUGGAGCUCUCAAAGCUUUCUUUGCUGAUCUGCCCGAUCCUUUGAUUCCAUACUCACUCCACCCAGAGCUAUUGGAAGCAGCAAAAAUCCCAGAUAAAACAGAACGCCUUCAUGCCUUGAAAGAAAUUGUUAAGAAAUUUCAUCCUGUAAACUAUGAUGUAUUCAGAUAUGUGAUAACACAUCUAAACAGGGUUAGUCAACAAAAUAAAAUCAACCUAAUGACAGCAGACAACUUAUCCAUCUGUUUUUGGCCAACUUUGAUGAGACCUGAUUUUGAAAAUCGGGAGUUUCUGUCUACCACUAAAAUCCAUCAAUCUGUCGUUGAAACAUUUAUUCAACAGUGCCAGUUUUUCUUUUACAAUGGAGAAAUUGUAGAAACUGCGAACACUGUGGCUCCUCCACCAACUUCAAAUCCAGGACAGUUGGUGGAAUCAAUGGUACCACUUCAGCUGCCACCACCAUUGCAACCUCAGCUAAUUCAACCACAAUUGCAGACAGAUCCUCUUGGUAUUAUAUAGAUAGAAUGUGAUUGCAGAUGGCCUGAAAUUGGACAAAAACAAAUCUAGACAUGCAUGUUUCAGGGGUUAGUAGUAUAUUUCAUGUUUCAUACAGAUAAUCCACAUCAAAAUGAUGAGACAUUUUCUCUUUGAACUAUAUGGUAUUCCCUAUUCAGUUACAUUAUGAAUCUAAAAACAUGUGGUAAGCAUGACUGGAGAGGUUUAAUUUUUAUAAACAAAAAAAAAAAAUAGUUAUAAAAAUGCAAAGCUGCUGCUGCAUGCAACCUUAUUGCAAUCAGUAUAUCAUUCCUGUGGCAAUUUCUGUCACAUUAUAUUGUGAAUACAAUUUUUCUAUAGAAAUUAAAUGAUUUAAAAACUCAUAUAUGAAAUGUUUAAUGCUUUCAGCCUGCUUUAUGGCUGGUUUUGUUAUUUGAUUGCUAAUUUGGGGACCUGAUUCCAGCAGUCUGUAUAGAUAACUAAAGCCCAGUUAAGUAUUUUUUAAUUUCAGGUUAAUAUGCCACGCUUGGGAUGUUUGAAAGAAAGAAAAAAAAAUACAUGUAACAUAUUUCACAUUUCUGCACCUUCUUCAUCUUCUAAGUAAAUCUGUGGAUGAUUUGAUGAGGAGUGAAUGAACCUGUUUCUUUUACUCACAUACCAAGGGCACACUUGUGGUUCAAGUGAGUUGAUAACGUGAUGUAAAGAAAAGAAUCGUCGUCACCAACUCAUUUCUUUAUGAUCUAUGAUGAAAAAUACAUUUUGUAUACACGGUUAAUUCUGUAAACAGAUGCAUGUUCAAAAGAUCUUGAUGGUCUUGUAAUCUUAAUCUAAUAUAUUUUAGAUAUUUUAAUUUUUCCCUCUUGGGGAAUACAUUUAGUAUAGUGUAGAAAAAUGCUUCAUGACAUUUUCAUAUAAGGUUAUAUAACUUUUCAUACAUAAACAUGAAGUUUGUUGUAGAAAGUUCUUUAAACCAAACAUUUAAUCUAGGAUUUCAAUUUAAUCUGUUCCUUGAAUCUAUUUUUAUGUGGCCCUUGAGAAUAUAUCCCAAAAAAUUCCAUUGCUAAUACAGCAAUAAAAAUACUUUGGGUACUGACAGACUCCUUGGAGUAUGUAUAUAUAAAAUCAAAAACUUGGACUCAUAUUCUUUUUGUGAUGUGUUGUUCUACAAUCCAGAAUGGCUUUUGCACCAUUUUUUUAAACCAGUUUCCCACCCCCCUCCCCUUUGCUGUUGGUACCAGAGUUGCUAUAAAUGACUGCUGCUUUAGGGGUUAAAUAUUUUGUUAGUGAAGAUACAACCAGAACACUAAAUUAUGAUAAAACUUUCUGGCCGAGUGAGAGAUAAAUUUAGUUGGGCUAUAUUCAAAAUUAUUUUAUUAUCAAAACCAUACCAUUUGUUUUACUGGAUAAGGAAAAGUGGUUUGCUUUUUACUGCUGGGUCAUAUUUUGUGUAGUAAAGAAAUUCUUUGGUCAAUGUUGUAAUCUUUAUAUUUCAAUUUUAAGGUUUCCUUAUUUGUAUUAUAGUAAAUUGAUGAUUUUGAGAUUCAAGGCUCCUAAGAGUUUGAUUUGCUCCAUUUUGUCUUAAAAUAUUCUUUCGCAAUUGUUAUAUCUUAGGUAUUGUACUUCCAGUUUCAACCAAGAUGUCAACAUGAACCAGGCUACUAUUGAAGUACAUGUAUAUUAUAAAUUAUCUUGUGUUAUUAUCUUUUCUAAGAGAACAAAGUCCCUAUUAUUCCUAUUGCAAAGCACACAGGAAUUUAAGAAAGUACAGUAAUUUUUAAAAAAAAUAUCCGGUAAAUGUAGUAUUCUUAACUUGUUCUAUAUUACUUAUACCUAUUGUCUAUAUAGCUUUAAUUUAUAGCUGUCAGUUUAACAUUGGCAUGUCUGGCAAAGAAAAUUAAACUUUAAGAGUUUUAUAAACUGUUUCUAGGUUGCUAAAGAAUUUAUUUUUCUACUAUAAAUGGUAUAGACAAAGCAUCAACUAUGUACAGGAUAAAAGCCUGACUAUUUCUAUUGAAAGUAGGCUUACAAGAAAAUUUUCAGAACUGUUCAUAUCUUUGGUUCAUUCUGUCCUAACUUUACUAUUGUAAUAUGUGAGUCCCAGUUUAUUUAAGCUAUUAUCUUUUAUAAUGUGUUAAUUUAACAUUCAUUUACAUUUAAAACUAUUUUUGUUAUUAAAAUUAGCAUUUAUAAGUUUCCACAUUAACCACCUUACACCUCUUCCAAAACUGAUCUUACUUUUCUAUGCAUUCUAUCAUUGAUUUGACACACUACAUAGUGAAUCACCUAAAUAUUCUACAUCUGGUUCAUUUUACUACUAGGUUACAGAUAUUAAAAAUUAAAGUAUGGUUUAAAGCUCA